AUGGACCCAUUUCAGCUCCGUCUCCGCUUCAUCAGCACCCUGCAUCGACUCAACGCCUCCCUGCCAACCAUCCAAAAGUCUCUCUCCUUUCUCGUCGACCACCCUUCGCUCCACGCCCAGCUCUGGGAUUGCAUCCUAGACGAGUUUCGUUCAGGCUCCAUCAGCCGCCGCAUCAACCUGCUCUUCCUCGUCGAUGCCAUCUUCACCGAUGACACGCUGUCAUCUUCCAUCCGAUCGCUCUUCCGACCGUACCUCGAGCGGGAUGUCUACCUUCUCUUCGACCUGGCGGUCCCUGAAGGGCGAUGGGAUGCAUUGCUCAAUGUGCCGGCUGUAACCAAGAUGCUCGGUGCCUGGAAGACACGGCUCGUGCUCGAAGCGUCGGUGAUAGAGGACUUGGAGACGAUGCUGUCCGUCCGCAAGACUGCACUGUACACCCUCUCCCCCGGUCAACGCGCCUCAACGCUCCUUCACCCCACCGACAUGCAACGUCGUAUAGAGGAGGAUCGUGAACGACACAAGCGUCUCCGUGAGCGAUCGUGGAUUCUACCACCUACCGCUUUCUCCCAUCAAUCCCUCUUCGGUACCCGACCAGAACAGUUGGAUCCGACGUAUCUGACACGCAAACAGCCAGCGUCGCCCCGAGAGCAGAGGGAGGACACGGACGGAGACAGGGUGUGGAGCACCCAAGACCUUGAUUUCAGCCAGAUGUGGGACGAGACGAGCGACUUCAAUGACGAUGAUGUCGAGGGGAUCGUUGAGGACGAAAAGACCGGAUGGUUGCAUCAGCCGCCACCACCACCAGCAUCAGCUCCAGCCCCAGCAUCGGCAGCGCAACCGGUAUUCGCACAACCACCGCCAGCUCAACCACCGAGAGCACCCGCAUCGAUGCGCAAUGCACAACGUGCCUGA